AUUUAAUAAAGUAAAAUAAUUAGCAUACCAUCCACAUGUGAGGAACACACAUUUUCCCAUGUUCUUAUUUUUAUGUUACUAUAUAAAAGUUAGAAAGUCAUGCAACAGCAUAAUUGUUAUUUAAUACUAUAAAUAAACUAUAUAUUAUUAGGCUAGUCAACUAUAUGAAUUCUUCUGAAAGAAAUCAAAGAACAGAGUAAGACAAAGAAAAAGAAAAGAAAAAACAGUUUUUCUCAGUUGUGAAUCUAAUGGCAGCCGAGAUUGGUUUGAGUCUAGUUGGAAAGAUCACAGAUUUGUUGAUUCAGCCAAUUCAACGAGAACUUGGCUAUCUGUUUUGUUUCAACAAUAACAUUCAAGAGCUCGAAACUCGACUAGUUGAACUGAAAGCAACGAGAAACGAUGUACAAGGAAGGGAAGAUGCAGAAAAGAGGAUCCGGAAAACCCUGGGUGAAUGCGCGGAGUUGUGGAUUCAAGAUGCAAAUGGAAAAAUUACAGAAGCAGAGAAUGUUAUCAAUGAUAAGGCUGAUCUUCAAAAAGGGUGUUUCUCCAUCAAAUUGUGUCCUAAUAUAAGAUUGCGCUUUUCUUUGGGUAGGAAGGGGAAGAAGUUAUCUUUGGUUCUCAACGACCUUCUUCAACGUGGUGGUAACUUGCCGCAUACUGGUCAUGCCUUACCCAUUCCGUCCAUAAAUAUGAGCGAUUACAAUGGAGAUGCUUGUGAUUUCGAUAGUCGAAGUCAGAUUAUGGAAGACAUCAUUGAGAUGUUACGGGGAGAAGAGACAAUGUUAAUAGGGAUAUGUGGGAUGGGAGGCAUUGGAAAGACCACAUUCGCUAAGCAAGUCCUCCAAAAGGUACAAGACUUUCAUAAGAAUUUAUUUGAUAUUCAAGUUAUUUCAAUUGUCUCGAGUAAUCCCAAUUUCAAUACUAUCCAACAAGAAGUCGCGGAGAUGUUAGGGUCUUCGCUUAAAGAAAUAGAGAGUGAGAUUUUAAAAGCACAACAUUUACGAAACGCUUUUAGUAACAAAAAAGUUGUUGUCUUGUUGGAUGAUGUUUGGGAAAAGUUUGAUUUGAAUGCAAAAGGUUUUUUAACAAAAUCAGAUAUUGGGAAUUGUUGUAAAAUUAUUUACACAUCUAGAAUUCAAGGUUUAUGGUCAGGUGAUCGAACCAUUACCAAAAAGGAAAUCUCUCUUGACUUAUUGUCAAGUGAAGAAGCCUCAGAUUUGUUUAGAAGAAAAGUCUAUCUGAAUGAGGAUGAUAUUGAUUUCCAUUUGAAGAAUGAAAUAGCAAGAAAAAUUGUUGAUGAAUGUAAAGGACUGCCCCUCGCGCUUGAGGUUGUCGGAGGAGCUCUCAUCGAUAAUAGCAAACACGAGUGGGAGGAUAUGCUUUUUCAGUUGAGGAAUCAUCAUCAAGAUCAACACAGCGACAAGAUUAACAAGAUCAUGGAAACGAGUUAUCACUUCUUAGAAAAUCACAAUUCCAAGUUUUUGUUCUUGCUAUGUUGUUUAUUCCAAGAAGACAAACAAAUUCAUAUUGAGAGGUUGUAUCGUUAUGCAUUGGGUUUGCAGCUCUUCAAAGAUAUAAAUGACAUAAAACAUAUAAGAGAUCGUAUCUACACCUUAGUAGACAACCUAAUAAGGAGAAAUUUGCUAAUAAAGGUUGAAGCUUUGGAUCGUGGAGAGCGUGUAGUGAUGAUGCAUGAUGUGGUGAGAGAUGUGGGAAUAUCAAUUGCGAAACGACAAGAAAAUAGUUUUAGUUUUCUAGUGUGUGAUGGAUUGAACGAACUAGAGAAUGUCAUUGAUCAACACACUAAAAUGACUUCUAUAUUAUUCCCGAAGAAUGAUCUAAAAGUACCUGAUAUGAUAGAAUUUAAAGGCUCAAAAUUGGAACUAUUAAGGUUGGAUAGUUCACGUGUUUACCAAUCAAAUACUAAAAUAUCAGGGAAUUUCUUUCAAGGGGCGGAUAAUCUCAAAGUUUUGGAUAUAGUCGGCGGCGUGAUUAGUGAGGUUCCAUAUUCUUCUUCUUCUUUUCCGUACUUAGCCAAGUUGAAGAUGUUAUCCCUUGAGAAGUUGAAGAUUACAACCAAUUUAUCUUUCAUUCAACAUCUUAGUUGCUUGGAGACCCUUAGCCUUCGAUGGUCAACAAUUAAAGCUUUGCCAAACGAAAUAAGUGAGUUAACAAACUUAAAAUUGUUGGAUUUGACUUGGUGCCAGUGUUUCAUAAGUAAUGGUAUUCUUUCAAGGCUUACUAAUUUACAAGAAUUGUACCUGUGGGGUAGUUUCAAGAAUUGGAGACAAAGUACUAAUCGAAACAAUAAAGCAGCAGAUCUUGUUGAGUUAGAUUUCUUACAUAAAUUGUGGAGAUUGGAAUUGGAGGUACCCAAUAUUGAACAAGUUCCAAGAGGUGUUCAGUUAUUUUCUUCUUCAACAUUAUUAAAACAGUUCAAGAUAAGUAUAGGAGGAGGAGAAGAAUAUAUUGAAUUUGAAAGUGGGGAAAGACAACUAUGGUUGAAGAAUGUUAAAAACAAUAUCAGUUUCUUCCAUGAACUUGGGUUCUUAAUAGAAAAGGGCAUUACCAAUUUAUAUCUGUGGGAUAAUUAUGUGAUGUGGGAGAAAAUGCAUUUAAAUAGAUUCCUAUCAUUGAAGGAUAUCGUGUUUGAACAUUGUGGACCCCUUUUCCCACAGUCAUCACUGCAAAUUUCUGAUAUAGAAGAGAUCAAUGGAUUUGGGCGUUGUUUGCGGCGUAUUGAAAUGUAUGAAUGCAAUCAAACGAGGCACUUAUGUUCUACGUCAAUAUCAGGGCAUCUCAAAAAUCUUCAAGUUCUUGUUCUAAAAAACUGUGAAAUGAUGCGAGAAGUUGUUAAUGUUUGCGAUGAGACAGAACAACUCGAGAAAAUUGAGUUCAAUGCUUUGGAAACUCUUGAGAUUUAUGACUUGCGUGUGCUGGAAUAUUUUUGCAAAGGAAUAGAGGAGAUUCAUUUCCUUAGAUUAAGAAGUUUGAAGCUAAAAGGACUGGAACAAUUUAUCUUUCCAACCAAGUUGGAAAUACCUUGCUUGGAGGAGCUGAGUAUUAAAUCUAUUCCAAAUAUUGAAACUUUGUGCAACAUCGUGACUCCAUCCCUAAAACAGUUGAAAAUAGUUAAUUGUGACAGCAUCAUAUAUGUCUUCUCAAAGAGCUUCAUGACGAAGAGUAUUUCUCAUCUCAAGACUUUAACCAUUAAAAACUGUCAAAUGUUGAAAGGAGUAGUAAGAGUAUCAACGGAUGUAGAAGAAGAGUGGAAAAAAUCAAUUCAAUUCCCAAAUUUGAAGACACUGCACCUUGGCCUUUUAGACCAACUACAGAGUUUUGUUGUUGCUGUCGACAAAUUGGACGACGAUGAGGAAAAGCCUCAACAUGCACUAUUUCAUCAUGAUGAUCAGGUCUCAUUUCCUUCCUUACAAGAGUUGAUAAUAAAUGCAUUACCAAAGAUAAGUUAUAUAGUAGGAAGGAAAGGCAGACGAAGUCAUCUUGAAGAAGUAGACGACGAUGACACAAAACUUCAACAAUUUAUACUAUUAUCAAUAUUUCCGAUAUUAGAAAAGUUGGAAUUGUAUAAUUUAAACAAUUUAAUACAUAUCUAUGAAAACAAUCACCCGGGAUUAGGAGUGCUUUUAUUUGAAAACUUGAUAUGUCUAAAUAUUGCUAAAUGUGACAAAGUGAGAUAUUUGUUUUCAGAGAAUAUAGGUAGAGUAGCUUCCAAACACCUUAAGAGUCUAGAUAUAUUUUUAUGUCCAAUGAUGGAAGUGGUGAUGAAGAAUGAGGAGGAAUUAAUAGAAGAGAAUGAUAAAGCUGGAGGAAGUAAUUCUCUCGGAAAUAGUCAUUUCUUCCCACUCCUUAAGAAAUUGUACUUCAAGAAUCUAUCAGCUUUGAGGAGCUUUAGCGAUGUUGCUUAUACUUGGUCCUUGCCAUCACUAGAGGAUCUCACUGUAUCAGACUGCCCCAAGCUAUAUUCACUCUCUCCCGGCAAUUUGGAUUCUCCAAGGUUGCUGGUUUUUCAGAAUAAGUUUGGAGCAAUACAUUGGAAUCGUGAUACUAACAGAGCUUUUGGAGCAUAUUGGAAUUGUGAUUAUGGGAAUUGUGGUAUUAACAGUGCAGUGCAUCGUUUAUUUAUAGAGACACAAAAUGAAGAACUAGUACAUGAAGAGAAUACAUGGAUGGAGAUUAUGAUAUAAGAAAGUCGAAGCAAUUCAAGGGGUUAAUCGAAUGUAUCGACAUGAUGGAGGCUAGAGAGUGCACGGCCCCAUAUUUUAAAGGAGGAGACUCCUAUUCAAGAAGGGACAAUUUCGCCUUGAAGGGAUCCCCUAAAUUUGUCGAGUUACAUUAUAACGUCUCUAUCCCAUGGGAGUUGAUGAGCACUAUCUUUGGAAGGAGCUUUAGAAGCCAAAGAUUUCUUUCAAGAUUUCUUUUUUUUUGGCUUGGGAGGCUAUUCACGAGAUGCAGUUUCUGUCAUCAAGCCGAAGAAACGGUCAAUCAUAUUCUCCUCCAUUGUCCCAUGACCUUCUCCAUUUGGGUUCUUCUUCAGAACAUUAUCAAUCAUUCAUGGGUCAUGCCUCCUAAUAUUAACAUUAGAGACUUUUAUGAACAAUAGAUCUCGAGAUGCUCGAACGGGAUUAUUAGCAAUGAAUGGAAGUGUAUCUCACUUGUUAUGUGGUGGAUAUUAUGGGAAAAACAAAAUAGGAGAAAUUUUCAAAGAAAGUUUUGGGGGCGGUAGGCUUAAAGGAAUGUGCACCUGAUGGGACUAUCUCGAGCUUAUCGGAAUUGAAAUCUAACUUUAUUGUAUUCUUAGUUUUUUCUUUCU